GUUGAAAGGAUCCUUGAUAAGAGGAAAAGCAACAAAGGGAAGACAGAGUAUUUGGUUCAGUGGAAAGGCUAUGGCAGGGAGGAUGCCACCUGGGAGCCAGAGCAGCACCUGGUGAACUGCGAGGAGUGCAUCCACGACUUCAACCAGUGCCACAGUGAGAAGCAGAAGGAGGGCACCUUCUCCAGAGCCAACCAGACCUCUGCAAACAAUGGCCAGAAGCGGAUCUCCAGAUCCACCAGCAGCAGCUUCUCCAAGGCUGCCUCCAAGGCCCUAGUGGUGGGCAAGGAGCAGGAGGCCAAGAGCAGCCUGCUGGUUACUGCCAGCCAGAAGUUCAGGAAGAGCCCCAUGCCAGGCAUGGCCACCUGCAAGAACCUGGACCUGGCCAAGUCUGACAUCAGGAUCCUCGUGCCCAAGAGCCCCAUCCAGGGCAGCACUGGGGUGCACGGCUUUCAGGACGACAGCCCCGAGAAGCUGGACCCCGUGGAGCAGGGACUGGAGGACACAGCAGCCAGGGAGGUUGUGGCCGAGAAGCCAGGUAGGGGCCCUUCUGGGCCAGGUGGUGGUGCGGGCCUGGAUGGGGAGCUGCCUGUGGAUACACCCGCUGGUGCAGCAGGUGUUGGCCCCGCAUCGGCGGCUGUGACCACGGGGCUGGCCGUGAACGGGAAAGGCAUCUCCCCGUUCAUGGGUGCCUUGAUGGCUAACGGGAUGACCUCCCUGCAAACGUCAGCCACGGGCAUAACGGCCGGGAAGAGGAAGUUCAUCGAGGACAGGCGAGACCAGUCCUUUGACAAGCUGCUGGGCUUGCACGUGCGGCAGACGGAGAGCGCCUCCAGGUACCGGGACAUCAUGGUCCGGAAGCAGGAUGGCUUCACCCACAUCCUGCUGUCCACCAAGUCCUCUGAGAACAACUCGCUGAACCCGGAG